AUGGAGUUCCUCACACCUUUCAUAGAAAGCAGGCAGACUUCAUCCAACCUUGCCAGGAGGGUCCCAUCCACUGCAGCCCAGUCCGUCUCCUCCAUCCUUCCCCCCUCCCUGCAACUUCCAACCACCACCGCCCUCCCUGCAGCACAGUCCGUCUCCUCCAUCCUUCCAUCCUCCAUCCGUCCCCCGUCCCUGCAACUUCCAACCACCACCCCCCUUCCUGCAGCACAGUCCGUCUCCUCCAUCCUUCCAUCCUCCAUCCGUCCCCCGUCCCUGCAACUUCCAACCACCACCCCCCUCCUGCAGCACAGUCCAUCUCCUCCUUCCGUCCCCGGUCCCUGCAACGUCCAACCACCACCCCCCUCCCUGCAGCACAGUCCGUCUCCUCCUUCCGUUCCCGGUCCCUGCAACGUCCAACCACCACCCCCCUCCAUGCAGCACAGUCCGUCUCCUCCAUCCGUCCCCCGUCCCUGCAACGUCCAACCACCACCCCCCUCCCUACAGCACAGUCCGUCUCCUCCUUCCGUCCCCCCUCCCUGCAACUUCCAACCACCACCCCCCUCCCUGCAGCACAGUCAGUCUCCCCCCAAGUGCCACCUCAGCCAGCUGCAUACACUCCACGCCCACCUGCUAAAAGGAGGCGAGCAGACACAGAUAGUGGUCCUGUGA